ACUGGACUUUCAGCUUCUAGCUGAGAUAUACAUAAGGCAGUCUCUUACAUCCCAUCAGUCUGAAAUUGUAUCUCUUGAUGCAUCAUACCUUCCUAAGGCUCUUGACUGUCUGUCUGGGCUUACAUGCUGUGACCGGCGCGCCUGGUACAAAAGAAGUCGAGACUGCAAAUCCUACAAGUCCAUACGCACUUCGCGGAAGUCUGAAGAUGCCGGGGGAGGGUGAUCAAUUCGUUAACCAAGGCGGAGCGAUGGGCGAUAUCCAAAUCAUAUACAACGUGGAGUCUGCCCGUUCUGGUCGAGCAGAUUUGACGGCACCGCCCUUCGGUCUCGCAAUUGACGUUAUCUUGGUUCCUAGACGAGAAAAAGGAUUCAAACCAGGUCCAUAUGAGGUGGUGGUGACUGGCACGAGGCUUACGAUCGUUGAAUGGCGAAGGGAACCCUCAUAUCCAAACCAAUUUCGUACCUCCAGUCUCCACCUGUGGAGACUAUCGCAUGGAAAUCCACGAAAAUCAGAUCUACGGCAAUUCUGUGGUCAAGAUGCUAGCUGGGGCUCCAGGUGUCUCUGUUGCUUGUAGCCCAUUGGAUUACUAUUGAUGAUCUUGGAUGGACUAAGCGGGACAUUGGACUCUAGGUUUAUCUGGAAGAUAAAAACAUUAUUUGUGCAAGAAUACCUCCCAAAGGACAUUCCCGAAUUUUCAUGACUUCUCAAUCUACUUUAUUAAUAUAUGUAUUGCUUCUAUAAUUCUGUCGAAGAGAUUCAAGAGCUACUAGUAACAUACUUGCUCUAUGAGGUUCUUGCUCUCAACAAUUGCAGCGUCCGUAAACCAAUUUCUUCAUUCAGCGUUGUGUACAUGAAGAUAUAUACACCAUCC